AUGUCAUCAGCCGGAGGAGAGUCAGCCAGCUCGGAGCUCCAAGCAGGUGUCAAAACCAGCACUCUGAGACGGGAGUCCAGGAGGACUAAAGGUCAGGACCGCAGUGAGGCGGGGCUGAUUAAGCGUUUCCGUGGUGAUGGCGUGCGCUACAAGGCCAAGCUGAUUGGGAUUGAUGAGGUGACAGCGGCGCGCGGGGACAAGCUGUGCCAGGACUCCAUGAUGAAGCUCAAGGGGAUGGCUACGUCGGCACGCUCCAAAGGAGAGCACAAGCAGAGAGUCUUCCUCACCAUCUCCUUCGGGGGGAUCAAGAUUUACGACGAGAGAUCAGGGGUUCUGCUGCAUCACCACUCAGUGCAUGAGAUCUCCUAUAUCGCCAAGGAUACCCGGGACCACCGGGCCUUCGGCUACGUCUGCGGGAAGGAGGGACACCACCGGUUCGUGGCCAUCAAGUCCGGCCAGUCGGCAGAGCCCCUGAUCAUUGACUUGCGUGACCUCUUCACACUCAUCUACGACAUCAAGCAACGCGAGGAGAUGGAGAAGAAGGCCCAGAAGGACAAGCAGUGUGAGCAGGCCGUCUACCAGACCAUUCUGGAGGACGAGGUGGACGAUCCAGUUUACCAGAACAUCAACCACUUUGAUCUGUUCGGAGAUAUGUCCACUCCACCCUCGAUUCCCCCGUCCCCGGCCAACACUCUGGACACCAGCAGGAGCCACCGCCAGCCCCAGCAUCCCCCAGAGAUGUUCACCGGCCCCUUCAGCCCCACCUCUGUCCCCUCAGGGUACAUGACCAUGGGGCCAGUCCAGGCAGCCCAGUGGGCCCAGCAGGGACCCUUCGCUGGCCAGGCCCAGACCCUGGCCUUCGGGGUGCAAGGGCCCCUCCAGGUGACCCAGGUCCUCCCUGGGGGCCAGCCCGUCAUCUGGAGCCAGGCCAACAUCUUCCCUGCCACCCAGCAGCAGUGGGCGGCCAUGGCUGCCUACAUGCCCGCCCAGGCCGUGGGCGUGGGGGGCCACCACAUCCCCAUGAUGGUGCCCAUCACCACCGUAUGCCCCAGCCCCCAGGGGCCCUACGGUGACCUCUCCUCCACCCCCUCCUCGGCCAUCGCCAGCCCCCAGCAUCAGACGAUAGACCCCGUUCUGAUCCAGCAGCAGCAUAGCAUCGGUGGGGACUCUGACGCAGGCGAAGGCCCCUCUUCGCUGGGCCUUGUCAUGGUGGGCAGCAGGUGUGGCACACCCAGGCCGAUGAGCCCUACUUCAAUGGGUCUUGGUGCCGUGAGCAGGUGUGAGACGCCCGUUGGCCUUGUCAUGAUGGCGAGGUGUGAGACGCCCGGUCUAGUGAACGUGCCCCCUGACACCCUGGUCUGUAGCCAGCUGGGCCUGGGAUCAUCCUCUGCCGCAACCCAGGAAGAGGAAGGCAGCUGUAGUGACCUUGACCUCUCUCGGAUGACCUUGAGUCCAGGCACGUCCACCUCGCCCUCCACUGACUCAGCGUCCACCCCAGCCCCCCAACCUGGCUCGUCCUCAGACUCCGCCCCGUCCCAGACUAGUGAUCCCCCCACAGACCACUCCCCCAUCGAAAUAGAGGCCACACACCCCAGCACCAGGGAGGAUGACUCGGUCCCAGCCAGGCUUCAGCACCACCGCAGCCACACUGGAGACGGCGGGCUGGACCGGCUUACUUGA